GCCCCCCCGGUUAAUGCAAAAAAAUGGCCAUCGUCAAGGAUAGUGCAACGUUCUUCCAGCACGGCAACUCCGCCCAGUUCGACUACGUGCUCAAGCUGUACCCGAAAGCUUUAAAGCUGAAGGCAGAAACGCGCGGCAACGGCAAAAAGGCAGACAAACUGCUGCGUCUCGAAAAGUGGUACCAGAACGAUCUGCCCAAGUUGAUCAAAACCCGUGGCCGCGAUGCACACUUGCUGCACGAAGAGUUGGUGCAAACGAUGGAGUGGAAGCAGACGCGGGGCAAGUUCUAUCCGCAGCUGUCCUAUUUGAUCAAAAUCAACACACCGCGCGCGGUGGUGAUGGAAACGAAGAAAGCCUUCCGAAAGCUGCCAAAUCUCGAACAAGCGCUAAAUGCUCUCUCGAACUUGAAGGGCGUCGGGAUCACGAUGGCUUCGGCGCUGCUAGCUGCCGCUGCACCAGAGAGCGCACCGUUCAUGGCCGAUGAAUGUUUAAUGGCGAUUCCCGACAUUGAGGGUAUUGACUAUACGACCAAGGAGUAUCUAAAGUUUGUCACACACAUCCAGCAAACAAUGGAACGGUUAAAUCUCGAGGAGGAUAAUAACGGUGCGGCCGAAGAAUCGACGAACGAGAAGCAGGAUGGUACGGCUAAUGGUGGUAGUGGUGGCGGUGGAACGGAAAAUGACGGGGAAGGCAGUGAGGGUGCAAAGGAAGCGGCGGUAGUUGGAAAGGAAGGCAAGGGGGGUGAUACGACCGAAAAUGGUGGUGGUGCUCCGGGAAAGACGGCGGCCGGACCAAAGCCCAAGAAAUGGUCAGCACAUUCGGUGGAGUUGGCCCUGUGGACGCAUUACGUCGUGUCGGAUCUGCAACCGGAAUUGCUUGGUGGCAUGCCUGGCAAUGGUAAUGGUGUGGCGGCGCCCGCUGUUGACGAUGAUGCUGCUCAAAACGGAAUCUCGAAAGAGGACGACGACGAUGAGGAUGACGUAGCCGACGAUGAGGAGGUUGACGGGGACAACGGGCUAGCGGAGGACGAGGGCAAUACGAACGAUGAAAACUCUCGCACCGCUAUGAUGGAAUCUUCCGAAUCGGAAAGCAACGAAGCGGCGGCGGCGGCUGUGGUUGUGUCGAACGGCAAAAGCACGUCGGGUUCGAGUGGUUCCGCUCAGGAAGACGAGGAAAAGCUCGUCGACGGUGAGGAUACGUCUAAGGAUGCUACAGAUAACAGCAGCACGGCCGUUACGAUGACAGAACUAACGAACAAUGGUACCUCGUCGGUAGUGGCGGAACCGAUGGCGACAUCCACCACCACGACAGCCACUUCCGUCCACACGCAAGAAUCGCCGCUCGCGGUGGAUAGUACGGACGGUACGAAAGUAUCCGACGAUAGCUUAGUGGGCACAAAAGGCGCACUUAGCACGGCCAGUCCCAUUGCCGAUAGUACCGAAUCUGAAGCACCGAUCACCAUCGAUGGUAGCAGCAGUAAUGGCAGCAACAAACGUCCCCUCUGCUGCGAGGAUAAUGGCGAAGACAAGCCCGAACUAAGCGCCCACAAGUUAAUAAAGCUGUAGAGAGGAACAAGUCAAUAUAGCCACACAU